AUGCAAACUGAUGAACAUCAGCGAACAAUUUCCGAACAAAAACAAUCAAUACCAAAUCCAAUACAAUUUCAAAUUCCAUAUUUAUUUUCAAUGGAAUUUGUUUGGGAAACAUUCAAUAAAUAUUUAGUGAAAAAUAUAAAUGCUGUACAUGAUAUUAUACAAAGAAUUAUUGAAGAUAUUGCUUCGAAUAUUCAAUUGCAUCCAACUAAACGUAUUCUUGAUCGAAAAUUAACUGAAUUUAUUCGUGAUCGUUUUAUUGGUUGUGUAAUAAAAGAUACAUUUAAAUGUCUUCCACCAUAUGCUGAUGAUUUUUGUCAAGCAAUUAUUGAUCUUUUAUUUAAACAUCGUGAAUCAUGUUAUAAGUUAUUUUUAUCAAUUGUUGAACGUAAUGAUUCACCAGAAACAUCAAUUUAUUCAAAUGAAUCGGUUAAAGAUCAAGAUAUAAAUCAUCAUAUACUUAAAAUCCCUGUAUUUUAUGCAUUUAUUCGAAUGGCUAAACAACAAACUACAUCAAAUAAUGAUAAACAAGAAGACACUGCUGAUAAUAUACGGUUUCGCCAAAUGACAACAAUGUCUGUAACAACAGGUGAAACAUUUAAUUUAGAAAAAGAUAUUGAACGAGCUAUUGUUCUACUUGAUCGUCUUCGUACAACAAGUGAAAUACCGGAAACAGAAUUACAAUGGAUAUUACAAAGCGAUUUCUUUGAUGCCGUUUCAGAACUUGCUGCUUUUGCUGCUAGUGAAGCUCAUUCAUAUCCACGUGUAAUUGAAUUAUCUAAAACUGCUGAAGGUCUUGCUUUUAAUGUUAUGGGCGCACGAGAACAAAAUUCCCCUAUUUAUAAAUCAUGUAUUAUACCAAAUGGUAUAGCAUGGAAACAUGGUGGACUGCAAAAAGAUGAUCAACUAUUAUCAGUUAGUGGGAUAUUUGUUGAAAAUGAACAUCAAAAAGCUAUAGAUCUACUUAAACAAGCAUAA